AUGACAGCAGCCAGUUCAAAUCUCCGGAUCAUCCUCUCUCGGGUUUUGAUUACACUGUAUCCGUCUCAAGCUUUAAUUUCGACUUCUUUCUUCCAGUUCAUUUCCACAGGAUCCACGAUGGGCACAAAUACGAAGAAGCAGAAGACCGAGAAACCGUCAGACCUGAUUGAAGAGGCCUAUCUUCACCUGGAGGAGUCGAUUGCUAAUGAAACAGCCUCCGCCUCUUUCGUAUGUGGUGGUACCAUUCCUGUCAAGGAAACCGAUGCAGGACCGGCGAUUGCCCACAGUACUUCUCCAGUUCAUAUUUUCUGGGCAGCAAAAGAGGACAUGGCGGCACGCAAACUGAUUCUUCCGCUCGAGUCUAGCCCAGUAUCGGAUUCUAGCGCUGCCAGACUAAAUCAGCUCGUCGCUGAUUGCGAGCCGGCCAGUUUUGGCCGAGGCAAGGAGGAUGUCAUCGAUCCUUCAUAUCGGAAGGCGGGCAAGCUCGAUCCGAAACAAUUCGCCAGUAGUUUCCAUCCAGCUGACUUCGGAAUUACUGAGCAAGUUGAGCGGUUGCUCCUACCUGCAAUGGGUGGAACCGGAGAUUCUCUAGCAUCGCGGGAGCUUCAUGCCGAACUUUACAAGUUGAAUGUUUACUCAGGCCCCUCAGGGCUAUUUCAGAAACAUGUCGACACCCCGCGCUCUCAAAGCCAAAUCGGAUCGUUAGUUGUCUGCUUGCCAUCCGUCUUCAAAGGUGGAAACUUGUUGGUUCGGCAUCACGGAACUGAAGUUGAUUUUGAUUGGGCACUUCAGAGUGGUAAAACAAUCCAAUGGGCUGCGCUUUACAGCGACUGCGAGCACGAGAUCAAGACCAUCACGGAAGGUGAACGGGUUACCUUGACAUACAAUCUCUAUGUGGCUGGGCCGGAAUUCUCGUCGAUUCCAAGUUCCGUCCUUGAUCCGACGAAACUGCCGUUAUAUCCAGAAAUACAGAAGCUUUUCCAAAAGGAGGACUUCAUGAGCAACGGUGGCGUCCUUGCGAUUUACUGCUCACAUGCUUAUCCGCACUCAGUGGAAGAAGCGAACUUAUUACUCCCACGGGGCCUCAAAGGUAGCGAUCUUGUCGUGUACGCCGUGCUCAAAUCAUUUGGCAUAGAGGUCGAGGUUCUCCCAGUGAUCAUUGAACAAGAGUACGACUAUGGUGACUUUGAUUCCGAUAUUGAUGAACUGGGUCCCGAGGCGGAGGAAAGACUGUAUGGAGAGAGAAAAGAGAAUCUAAAGAAACAGAAAGAGAAAGUGGAGAAAGGUGGCCGCGAAGCUCGCAGCAACCCAUAUGCUCACAUUGGCGAAAGCCUAAUGCCAUACAGAAGACACGAUGAUGAAGAAGUGCCCAAUGUCUACAAGUUCAUUAAGGAGGUCUGGCCUUACAAAGAUCUCCAGAAUAUAACCUGGAUUUCACGGCCCAAACACCGUGAAAUGGCAGUCAGCUUCACGCAAUGGGGAAAUGAGUAUAUCAAUCAUACGGAAUAUUCCUACGCUGCAAUCGUUGCGCAGAUACCCUCGUUCUCAGAAAGAGUGAAAAGCGGCAGAUAA